GCCUGCCGGCCGGCCGGCUAUUUGGUUCGUGCCGGCGGGUGCUCCUCCUGCAGCCCGGCAGCAGCCCUGCGGGGAGGGCGCCUGGCUUGCACGGGGUUCAGGCCAAGAUCGGUUUCCCACCGCUGCCUGUCCCCUCGUGGAAACGCCGCUGUCUGCGGGCGGCAUGAAUUACAGAGCGGUGGCGGACACGGUGGCAGAGAAACUGCUGGGUUACAGCAGGGACGAUACCGGCUGGAGGGUCUGCAAGAGAACGAAUGAAGUUUGUGUGUCCUGGAGACCAUCAUCAGAGUAUUCUGGAAACUUAUACAAAGGCGAAGGGAUAAUUAAAGCUGCGCCAAAGGAUGUAUGGGAAUGUUUAAAACCUGUGCCUGAGGGGCCGAGAGUGAAGUGGGACAAAAAUGUUAAAUCAUUUGAGCUGAUUGAAAUGAUCAGUGAUACUGUGUCUGUCUGCAGGACUGUAACACCAUCAGCGGCUGUGGGCUUGAUCUCUCCGAGGGAUUUUGUGGAUGUUAUUUUAAUUAAACAAUAUGAAAAUGGGACGAUAUCCUCAAACGCUACUCACGUGGAGCACCCUAACUGUCCCCCUAAACCUCACUAUGUGAGAGGCUUUAACCAUCCCUGUGGAUGUUUCUGUGCUCCCAUUGCAGGAGAGCCACUGAAGACUCAUGUGACUAUGUUCUUUCAAACUGACCUUGGUGGAUAUCUCCCACAAUCAGUGUUGGAGUCUUUCUUUCCGUCUAGUAUGGUUGAGUUUUACAACAAUCUGGCAAAAGCUGUGAAGAUUUUUAAAGCUUGAUGAAUCUCCCUCUACUUAUUUCCAUCUACCUUUGCCCAGAAACCUCCGGUUUAGUUUUAUUGCACUGAAUGUUGUCAUUUAAUUUAUGAUUUGAAUGUAUUUUGGACUCUCUUGUUUCUGCUUUUUAAAAAUGUAAACAUUUCUACGGUUAUCUUAUGGGGGGGGGGAACAAAACAGAUCAGUGAAAAGCAAAUGAAGUAAUUUCAAGCUGUACAGUGAAGGUGUAAAGAAGGAGUGUGCUUGUAUAUAUUGGCAUUGAAAAUAUUGUUAAACGAAAAUGGUCUCUUCAAAAUAGAAGCAUUCAAUUAUUUUUCAUUAUUUGGGCAUCCAGUAGAAAAUUUCUUCAUGUACUGAGUUUGAGUCUGAAACUAAAGUUAAUAAUCUGGCCAACAAAGAAUAAUGCAGAUAUAUUAUUCAAAUUGUUUAAAGCACAAAUGAAUUUUCAGCAAAUGAUGCCCCUAAUCUAAGUGAGGUGAUUGUGCCAAAUUGUAAAAUGAGGGAUGAUUUAGAGCAAAGUAUCACUGCCAUUGGAGUACAGCAUGUUCUUCAAAAUGUUCUGCCAUUAUAAAAACAUUUUUUAAAGUUUGACUUUCAAAGUUUCAAUGCAAGCAGUAUCUUCUUCCUAAAGCUCCGUAACAGGCAUAACUGGUAUUGAAAGAGAGUUGGGCAAAACAGUUUCAAAUACUAGCUUCAAAAGGUAAUAGUACUGCACUCCUGUUCCAAACCUUGCUGAGUGAACGCGGUGGCAGAUGUCCAAAAUUGGUGUUCUUCAGGAAGGCUUCAGAAAAGGCCAAUGCUGUAAGGAACACAUUCAUCUCUUCAAGCAACAUGCUUUCCAGUAAUUUGCUACCUUGCAUGUAAAUGGUAAAAAUAAUAUUGUUAUUUGUGGAAACAUGUUCCCUGCAAGAUAAUCUCCACUUGACCAAAUGUUUUAAAAGUUUUGCAUCUCUCCAAGUGAUAAAUCCUGGUGUUGUAUAUAUUUAUUUUAAUUGUUUGUUUGCUUUAAAGUUAAUAAACCCCGUCCUUUAAACUGCUAGUGUUCCCUAAGGGAUGGGGAAUCUGUUUGUGACACAUUCCAAGUAUACAGAACUUGGUUGAAUUUUGGUUCAACCUUUUAUUGAAGAAAGGAACUUUAAACUCUGGUGCAAGUUAAGUUUUAAAAUGGGCAUUAGUUCUGUGUACACAGUUAAGCCAAAUGAUAUGAUGCUUGCACAGCUCAUUGUUAACAACAUACUGUAUGUUUAUGUAAAACCACUUAUUGACAGUUUUUUUGGGGUCUGAGGCAUUUUAGUAUAUAAUUGUGAUUUGAAAUUGGACUUUGUUUUUACUCGCACUUUUUAAAUGGGUUAUGAUGUUAGGUUUUGUAUUAUUGGUAAAUUGCUUAUUUAUUUGAAAGAAUCUCUUUUCCUAGCUUCACAAAUUGAAGAAACUGUUGUCCCUGUUACUGUUGUGCUUGGCAAUUCAUGCUGGAAAGAUGCAUUAAAAAAUCCCUCCUCAAUGCUUUCAA